AUGAUAUUGAAGGUGAAAGAAUUCUGUGAAGCUGAACAAAAGAAUCAAGGUGUUUUAAUACCACUGAACAAUGUUCGGAAGAGAGUCGCCGCCAUAACAGGUGUGUCAGAGAAAACUAUAACAAGAAUUACAAAAGAAGAGGCAUUUGAGUCUAUUACGGCGGAAGAUUGGACAGCUCAGUGCACGCAUGUCGAACAUUUAGAGGAGGAAUAUUUAAAAAAUGACGGCCUUAUUGAUGAAGAGAUGGACCGAAUAAUUAUAUCUACGGCUAGUGAUACUGAAACAGAAUCUGAUUCAGUUUCCAUCCACUCUUCAGACAGUGAUGUUCCUAUGGCCAUUGAUCACAAUUAUUCAAUAAAACUC